UUCCUGACGCCACCAUGGCCGUCUUCUCCAGCCUCACUCCCGUGUUUGUGGCCGUUCUCUGCGUCGUAGUCCUCUAUCUCUUUAAGAACUUCAGCAGAAGUGAGGGGAAGGGGAAGACGGACGCAAAGUCCUCGGUGGCUGCUCGGCCGUGGGUGGACGAGGACCUGCAGGACAACACUGAGAUCAGCCCUGUGGAAGAUGACGAUGCGCUGGCCGACGGCGAAGACGACGUCCCGCACGUCCCCUAUGUCCCGGUGCUCUACACCCCCGAGGUCAUGCUGCAGCGCUCUCGUGACUUUUACACUCUCUUGAACGCCAGGAGGUCCGUGCGCUUCUUCAGCCCCGAACCCGUGCCCCGGGACGUCAUCGAGAACAUCAUUCGCACCGCAGGCACGGCCCCCAGCGGCGCCCACACGGAACCUUGGACCUUCGUGGUGGUUGAGGACCCUCAGACCAAACACCGGAUCCGCGAGAUCGUCGAGGAGGAGGAGGAGAUCAACUACAAGCAGAGGAUGGGGGAGCAGUGGGUGAAUGACCUGCAGAGGCUCAGGACGAACUGGGUCAAGGAAUACCUGGACGUGGCCCCGUUCCUCAUCCUCGUCUUCAAACGGACGUUUGGGCUGCGACCGAGCGGCAAGAAGAAAACACACUAUUACAACGAGAUCAGCGUGUCCAUCUCCUGCGGCAUCCUGCUGGCGGCGCUGCAGAAUGCCGGCCUGGUGACGGUGACCACAACCCCUCUGAACUGCGGGCCCCAGCUCAGGCAGCUCCUCCGCAGACCCCCCAACGAGAAGCUGCUCAUGCUGCUCCCGGUGGGAUUCCCCGCCCCCGACGCCACCGUGCCGCAGCUGCACCGCAAGCCGCUUGAAGACAUAAUAGUAUUUGUGUGACCGCACCGCGACCGUACCAUGACCGUACCGCUCACCUUGUGUUUGCCGUGCUUGUGACAUCAGCUUGAUGAUGUUCUUCCUCUUCACAACCCUUACCGAUAGCUGAUGUUCUCCUUGCAGACGACAAGGUCCUUUUUUCCUGUAGAUGAGGAGGUUCUUCUUGUAGAGGGUGGAGUUCCUCCUGAAGAUGACGAUUUAAUGUGACUGUGAUGUUCUUCCUGUAGCUGACAAGGCUCUUAUUUGUAGAUGACCAUGAAUGGUCAUCCUGUACAUGAUCAGGUUCCUCCUGUAGAUGAUAUCGCCUUUCCGGUAGUUCAUGCCCUAACGUGACGCCGAUGUUCUCCCUGAAUGAUUGUGCCCUUGUUGUAGAUGAGCGACUUAUUCUUGUAGAUCAUGAUUUUGUGUGUAGAUUAUGAUCUUCCUGUUGAUGCUGUAGCUGUUACCUGCAUGCAAAGGUGGGCCAAAAACAAAACUAAAGUAAAAGUAAAGGUACUCAUCCAAAAAUUUACCAAAGUAAAAAGUAGUAAUGCCACAAACAUAUGAGUUCUGGAGCAAUUUACUGCAGUUCGAGGAACGGUGUAAAUGUACCACGGUGCUACAGAUCCUAAACACAGACACAUAUACAAUGUAGUGCCGUGAACCUGGCCUGUUGUCACUUCAGACUUGGGGUCAUGACCUCUGACCUUUGACACUACAGAGCAGCCAGAGGAAACCCACGUGGACAUGGGGAGAAGAUGUGAACUCCAUGCACACCAAGUUGGAUUUGAACCCACAACCCUGAUGCUGCGUGGCACCGGCGCUACCUGCUGUGCCGCCCUACCAAAAGAUACCACACUAAUUCAAUAUUUACAGAGGCAGGAAUGGACCCGUGCUCAGAGUUUAACCAAAAUAAG